GGAGAACUUCCGGUCCCGGCAAAACCCCGCGCCGGCGGCGUUAGGUCAGCCCCGUAGGGCCUUGCUCGGAAGCUCCGCCUUCGCUCAGGUCUUUCUAGAAACCCAGCUUUGCUCCUGGAGGUGCCGGACAGUUGCAGCGUCCCGGACGCGUGCGUGUGCCCCCUCCAUGGCGGAUACGACCCCGAACGGCCCCCAAGGGGCGGGCGCAGUGCAAUUCAUGAUGACCAAUAAACUGGACACAGCAAUGUGGCUUUCUCGCCUGUUCACAGUGUACUGUUCUGCUUUGUUUGUUCUGCCUCUUCUUGGGUUGCAUGAAGCAGCAAGCUUUUAUCAACGCGCUUUGCUGGCAAAUGCUCUUACCAGUGCUCUGAGGCUGCACCAAAGAUUACCGCACUUCCAGUUAAGCAGAGCAUUCCUGGCCCAAGCUUUGCUAGAGGACAGCUGCCACUACCUGCUGUAUUCACUCAUCUUUGUCAAUUCCUACCCUGUUACAAUGAGUAUUUUCCCAGUGUUGUUAUUCUCUUUGCUUCAUGCUGCCACAUACACAAAAAAGGUUCUUGAUGCAAAGGGUUCAAAUAGUUUACCUCUGCUGAGAUCCCUCUUGGAUAAAUUAAGCGCUAAUCAACAGAAUAUUCUGAAAUUCAUUGCUUGUAAUGAAAUACUCUUGAUGCCUGCUACAGUUUUUAUGCUUUUUAGCGGUCAAGGAAGUUUGCUCCAGCCUUUUAUAUACUAUAGAUUUCUUACUCUCCGAUACUCUUCUCGAAGAAAUCCAUAUUGUCGGACCUUGUUUAAUGAAUUGAGGAUUAUUGUUGAACAUAUAAUAAUGAAACCUGCUUGCCCUCUGUUUGUGAGAAGACUUUGUCUCCAGAGCAUUGCCUUUAUAAGCAGAUUGGCACCAACAGUUGCGUAGUUCAAUAUCCAGCUAAGUUAUAUAUGAUAUAAGUAAGCAUUAUUAGCAGCUGGUACUUCUGCCAGGGGUUGUGAAUUCCAGGUGUGAAACUGACCUCAAUCCAACUUACGUAAUUUACAUAAAUGCAUCUUAACGGAAAAAUAUUAUUUUCCUGGCAUGUUAAAUCAAGCCUUUAUAAAAAAAAGUUUCCAAGAAAAUUCUGUGUUGUGUUGUUAAUGGUUAAGGAAGUUUGUGUUUUGUAAUAAAUGUAUCACAUUUUUUUUAGAUGCUACUGUGCCUUUAUCAUGUACAUUUAUUUCUCUUGUGAAAAUAGUUCUAAAAUUUGUUUCAACCUAAUUGGUAAUCUGAAUUUAUUUAUAUCUGGCAUUAGUUCAUUAUGGUAAAUUUACAUAUUCAGUAUAUUUUGAGACAGUAUUCUUUUGCCAUUUAUGAAUUUUGGUUGAUGAUUUUAACAGAAGCAUCUCCCACUGUAUUUGGUUUCAAAUUGUCAUUAAAUUGAUUUUGUGCUGCUUUGUUAGGACAGAUUUAUUUUGGGUGUGCCAUUAUAAGAUGAGUUCUGUAUGUGUCUUACACUAUGACCUUCUAAAAUUUUAUUUCCAUAAUUCUGUGGAUUUGAAUAUUUUUUUAAAAGGCUCAACUAUAAGCUUACUAGUCAAUUAAGUAAAUAUUUGGAAUUACCUAACCAUUUUACAUCAGAGAGCAGUAGUCCUACAACUUUCCUUUCAGACCCAUUGAGUAACAUUUCUCAGACAGGAAAUCCUUUUACAGUGUGGACACGUAGGUUAUUAGUAUAGUUUUAGAAUUGCCUAGAUCAGAUUCUUGACUACCAACUUUCUCUGUUUCUUAGGCUUGAAUUUUCAUGGACAGUUGCGGCAGUGCAGGUACCUUUUGAAAAGAAUAUAACUGAAGAUCAUAUCACUGAUACUUAGUGUCUGUUCUGAAAUAAUAAUGAAGACUAUCCCGUAGAUUAUAUACCCAGCAAAUCGUAUUGAAAGGUUAAAUGGAAAGGUUUAUGGGUAAGGUGAUUGAUUGGGAAUGGUGCCUGAGGAGGCAUUUUGGGAGAAUAGUGUACAUUUCAGUUUCAUGCUGGAUAAAUAAAAUUGGGGGAAUUAGAUGUAUUAUGCAACUGUGACUUGAGUUGUGUAAUAUGUUAAAUCCUACUUGUUGAGCUUCUAUCAACUCUAUAAAAUUUAUUUUGAUCUUUACUGUUACAUGAUUGGAAAUGUGUAAAAUGUUGCAAAAAUUUUAGUACAGAAUAAUGUAAUGGUUUUUGUAACCAAUUUUCUUCUGUCUGCAUGUAAUAUGGAUUCUUCAGAUACAUUCAUUGGUAACUUAUUAGUAACAUCAGGUUUUUUGUUGUUCAACUUUCAGAUCUAUAGAAAUGUGAUAUCUAUUUGAUAGCUCAACCAUAACCAGCUCUUUUUGUAAUAUUUUUCUACUAAGUUAGAGAAGCAGCCUCAUAAUAUACAGUUGAUUUUGUGUGUAUACGUGUUUGUGGCUAGCCUCAUUAUCACUAUAUAUGUAAUCUGAUGAUUUCAAGAACUAAAUUUUCUAGAGCAAUAAAGUGACUAUAAUGUUAAGUGAACAGUAUAUUAUUGAUUUCUAAUGAGUUUUUAAAAAUUAUGUCUUGAAUUAAAUCAAGAAAUUUUGGCAGUGGAGGCAUAUUUAUUUUUAAGUUUAGUUUUUUUUGUUUUUUGCAAUUUUUUAAAUCUUGAGAUACUUUUAGAUCUAUAGAAGAAUUGCAAAAAUAAUACAGAGAGUUCCUAUAUAUCCUUUACUUCCCUUUAUGUUAACAUCUUAUAUAACUAUACAACAUUUUAUCAAAAUUAUGAAAUUAACCCUGGAUAACAUUGUUAACUAAAGUAUAGAACCUAUUCAGGUUUCACCAGUUUUUCCAUUUGUUAAUAUUCUUUUUGCUCUGUUUUUGCCGUGGUUAUUAUGGUUUACUUUUAAUGCCCUUUAAGUGUGCCUCUUGUUUUGAGUUUUUCUUUUUUUAUUUAUUUAUUUGUAUUGUUGAGGGUAUUACAGAUGUUCCCUAGUUUCUCCUCUUUUGCCCCUGAGUUUUUCUUUUGAAAAUUACUGUUGGUCAAAAAGAUUUUCUAAGGAAAAGAAUUCAUGUUGAUUUUAACAAAAAGAAAGUGAACAUUUAGACCCUUCAAGGCUUUCUAUCAAAAACAGGAUUGUAUUUCUGACAUGCUCAUGUUUGACUUAAAGGAAGGCUUGAUUUAUAAAUAAAACAUUUCUAUACUCAUGCCAAAGUAAAUUUUACAAUUUGAACAUUACCAGAUGUUCAGUUUGCAUGAAAUUCUAUGGUAUGAAAACGUACAACCGGCUGAUAACAGCAUUUGAAAUUAGAGUGUAACGUAUACCUAUUAAAUCAAAAUUAAGGAAACACAAUAGCAGUAUAUAAAAUGAAUGCAGUAGAAAAAAUAGCAGUAUACCUGAACUUAUUUCUACUAACAGGUUUUUAAAAAGUUGAUUUAACAUCCAAAAUAGUGAAUUCUUUAAGAAGUGGUACAGUGCUGCUGUUUUUCUAGCAUUUUUAGAUAUCACAUCCUUUCAGACAGGUGGAAGCAUCAUACACAACCUGCUUUAUCUAGCAACAAGUCUACAUUCCUUUUCUCUGCUUGAUCCCUCAUAAAUUUAAACUCUAACAUCAUUCCAAAGAGAAAUUUCUUAAAUAACAAUUUGUAGUUAAAGUUACUUGGAAUAAAGUGACCAAGGUAGAUGCUCCUGGAAGUAAGCAAGAAUGAAAGCUAGCUUUUAUUUUUUUAUUUAGAUAUUUAAGAACCUCCCUUACAGGAAAAAUCAAGGCAUGUUAAUAUUAGACCAGAAGGUAUUAAAGAUUCAUGAGGUCUUGUAAGUUUGUAAAUUCAGAUUAAGUUUGUAAGUUUAGGACAUAAAUAUUAUUCAUCUGGAAAAAGAAAAUGAGUAUAUGUAAUAAGAUAAGUAAACUGGUUUAGUUUUUUUAAAGUUUGCUAUCAGAACAAAUGAAAUUAAUUUUGAGGGAUUGUGGGACUUAUUUUUAUUAAUAUAGUUAUUCUAAAGCUUCUUCCCUACCCAAAUCCCCUUAAGAUCUGCUAGCAUCAACACUAUUACCCAGAUUUAGAUUAACUUUGCUACCUAUUUUGUCCAAACCCUCAAGGGAGAAAAUAAUUACAGAUAGGUAUGAAAAUAAUUACAGAUGGGUAAUUACAGAUCAGUAGGUGGCACUCUUUCCUCAAGUAGCCUCCGUUUCACAGGCCCUGUUGGAAGGUUAAAAGCCACUAAAAGGGCCGCGUCAGCCAUAAAACAAAGGAUCUUAAUCCCAUGACCUUUUAAAAUAUGUAAUUACUCAAUAUUCAACCAAUAUUUAGCAAGCAUUUAUUCUGAAUACAUUUUUUAAAUAUUGAAAUGCUCAAAAGCUGAAAGAAGUAUCCUGCUAAUACCUGCUUUCUAGGUAAAUAGUAAAAUAGGCCACAAUUAUGAGUGAUAUUAUGCAGAUCAUGGUCUCUCUUUUUUUAAAAUUUCAUUGUAAGUUUCUACAUCACCUAAACACAUCAAUUAUAAAAUUGUUCUUUCUCCUUCAUUUUCAGGUGUGUAGAAUAAUGGUAAAUAAAUUUUUUUCAUGAUCAUUUUGUAGGUACACAAGGUUAUAGGCAGUUCAGUGUCUUAAAAUUUAAACUUUCAUAGAAAUACAAAUGCAUAUUGAAAUAUUUGGAUAUUGUAUUAGGAAUGGUACCUAGCCCUAGCUGGUUUAGCUUAGUGGAUAGAGCGUGGGCCUGCGGACUGAAGGGUCCUGGGUUCGAUUCCGGUAAAGGGUACAUGCCUGGGUUGUGGGCUCAAUCCCCAAUGGGGGCCAUGCAGAAUGCAGCCAAUCAAUGAUUCUCUCUCAUCAUUGAUGUUUAUCUCUCCCUCCCGCUCCCUGAAAUCAAUAAAAAUAUAUUUAAAAAAAAAUUUUUUUUUAAAGGAAUGGUACCUAGACUUGUAAAUUCACUUUGAGUUGCAGAGACAACUGGUUUCUCUUAACACCUCAUUGGAAUUUCUCUAGGAAUAGGAGAAUUCUACAGAGGCUUAAUGAUAGGGUAGCUCAACAGAUAGUAUACAAAAACAUGUUUAUAUAUCCAGGGGUUAUUUUCAGAGAUUGUUUUAAUGAGCAUUCCUCUUAUAAUAUUCCAGGUGGGGAGUUGUUAUGGGAUCUGAAAUUAAGGAUAAGAAAGGAGCUGCUAAAAUUUUGGGAGGUGACUUCGGGUGAACACAAUACAAUAUACAGAUGAUAUAUUAUAGAAUUGUACACCUGAAACCUAUAUAAUUUUAUUAACCAGUGUCACUCAAAUAAAUUCAAUUUAAAAAGUUUGGGCAGGGGAGGUUUCCUGAUAGUAGUAGUCAUUCUAAGUAGGACAUGUUUUCCUCCUAAAGUGACAUUCAAGUGGGUUCUUAAACACAUUCCUGUGUGAGGGAUUAACUCUAAAUAGUCUUUCUCUUUUUGUGUAGUGCAAAUAGGAAAACUGACCUGCGUUGACUUUUAGAUAAUGUGAGAAGAGAAUAAAGUAUGGUAUUUUUUUAAAUCUAAAGUAGAUUAUUUUUCUUAGAAAGUGAUAGUAAAAAAUUUUGAUGGAUAUCUUUGCUGGAAUCUAAAAAAUAGCUCAUAUUCCAGGACAAAAGGGCCCCAAAAUCAUUUCACUUUUUCCUUCCUAGCCUUCUGAAGCUACUUUUUCGAUGUGUUCAGCAUUUUUUAAGCAUUUUUUUCUUGGUUCAUGACAGUUUAGCUCCAAACUUGGACUAUAUUUUUAUAACUUUAAAAUAAAACAAUUGCUUUUGACAUGAAUUUUUGCAUACAUACAUAAGUUAGACCAAAUGGGCAAAGUCUUGGGCAGGUAACAUUUGUGAUGUGUUAUAUUGGAAGAAAUGUUAAAGGGUCGCAAAGAUUAGAGUCAUAAAAAAACUGCUUGAUUUAUAAAUGCAUUACUUCUGGUGCUCUAUAUAAUGGGAUAUAUUGAACUAAAAAUUUGUAUAAAUGAUAUGUCAGCAUUUCUUAGUAACUUCUUGAAUCCAUUUUUAAUAUCUAAUAUUGUACAGGUUGGGAGUUAUACUUUUCAGGCCAAUACUAUCCAGACUGUAUAAAUUUAUAAAAUAAAUUGAAAAAUUCAUCAUUCCCUGGUAUUCAAGACCAAAGCACAUAAAUGCUAAUGUAGGGCUCAGAGGGGAAAUAUAUUUCUCCUGAAUAUUUGAGAAAAUGUGAAGUCCUUUCAGGAAAAUCUAAUAAACAUAAUAAUCAUAGCCUGCUGACACUAAGGAAAAAGGACCUCAUUUGCUCUUUCUUUUAUGCAGCGAUUUACUGGUCCCUACUGAUUUCCAAAUUGGAUCACUAGUAAAUUAUCUAUGCUGGUACCUGUGAAAGUAAGCCCUGGGAUCCACAUUUGUUUUGUGUUCUGCUUAAAUCAGCAAGAAUGAUAAAUUUGCUGGUGUGGAAUUGGAAGUGUCAAGGGCUUUCUCUGGUGAUUGAGCAAAAUAAUGUCUCCACUUGUAAUUUAUUGUGCCCCUUUUUCACUGUAUGUUCUUUGUAUAUCUAAUAUUUAUUUCAGUACAAAUUAAAUUGUUGUUCCUUCAUCUGUAUUGUCAUAUCUAAGAUUUUAUUGAUGUAAAAAUCAAAUUGUGUAAUAAAAACCUCUCUGGAUUUAA